UCCGAUGCCUACAUGCACCCGGCGGUGAGGUUCAGCGAGGUAUUCAGCUGGGAGGGGCGUCAAAGCUGCGCCCAACCUCGUCCUCCAACUUCCCUUAUGUGGACGUUUUUCCAGCGGGAGUCAUUCUCCGGUGGCCGAGCUGAGAGCCUGGCCAUCGCCCCGCUCUCUCGCCCCGCUGCAGUAUCACCCACUGGAUCUCCGCGUUCUCUCAAUCCGACCCCGCUUACAUGCCCAGCGGUUGGCGCUCUGUGGAUUCAUUUGCAAAGAAACGAGCGGAGAGGCUGAAAUGGUGCAACUUGAUUUUAAUGCCAAUUUUCACCGACGUUGAACGCGGAGCAAAUUCUUUCUGUAAAAGUUGAUGGGCUUGUCGAAUCACCAGUACUGGAAGGGCCAUGGUGGAACAUUUGACCGUAAUGCUUUGGUUUGUGUUGGGCAUCCUGCUCCCAUCUCUAGUUGUGGCACCACCACCUCCCAUCAAUAAACUGGCUCUGUUUCCUGAUAAAAGUGCCUGGUGUGAAGCAAAGAACAUCACCCAGAUAGUUGGCCACACCGGAUGUGAGUCAAAGUCCAUCAAGAACAGAGCAUGCCUCGGCCAGUGUUUCAGCUACAGUGUUCCCAACACCUUUCCACAGUCAACUGAAUCCCUGGUUCACUGUGACUCCUGCAUGCCGGCCCAGUCCAUGUGGGAAAUUGUCAAGUUGGAAUGUUCUGGCAAUGAGGCAAUGCCCAGAGUGGACAAGCUGGUGGAGAAGAUUCUACACUGCAGCUGCCAGGCGUGUGGGAAGGAACAGCACCAAGAUUCCCAACUCUUUAAUGGAAUUCUGAAUGAGGAAGAGGUCGCUCUGGGAGUGGCUGAAUCCUUCCACCAAGAUAAAGAAGCUGAGCUCAAGCAUGCCAGAGAAGAAGCCUAGUAAAAUGGACAUUUUGAUCGAGAAGAAGUGAAGAUGUGGUAUAAAAUUUCAGUUUGUUUUAUUUGUUGAGGAUUUAGAAGAAGAAAAAAAAUCAAAGUAUAACAAAAUUUUUAAAACCAUGCAGACUUAUUUAAAGAGAAAGUCUUUAAAGAAUAGCAUUUGUUGUAGAAAUCCCAUUUAGAUAAUAAUAUAUACCUCACCAAGGUCCAGCAAAGUACAAUUAGAAUUUGAUGAUCAGUGCUGAGUUCACACUACCAGUAAUCAAAGCUUUUCUUUUGCCACAGAAAUCCCUGUGUGUAGCCAUUUCAAAUUCAUAACUGUCUGUAUAUAAAAUUAUAGUUUGUAAAUCUGUGUAAACUUUUUUUUCAGAGUUCUCGCAUUUUCUAUUUUGGUCAUCUGGACGUAGAGGAGAAGGGAGAUAAAAUGCAGGGAGAAAGAAACAGCGUGACAGCUAUAGAGAUGAAGGAUCAGAUCAGAUUCAGAUUUAUGUAUCACAUGUACAUUGUAACAUCCAGUGAAAUAUGUCGUUUGCUUUAACAAACAACACAUCCAAGGACGUGAUGUGGGGGCAGCCCACAUGUUCUGACAUCAAACAUUAGAGCAACUAACAUGACUGAGACCCCAAGACUAGAGAUUCUCUCUCUCUUUUUCUCCCACCUUAGCACGCACACAUACACACAAAGGCAGACAGUGCCUCAUUGGGACAUAGAAAGAGGGCAUUAUGUAACACACAUUCAAUGCACACAAAGAGUAAAUCGAGACAAUUACGGUGAAUGAACAUACGUAGGCAUGAUGGUCACACUCAGUAUUGUAAUGAUUUUAUGCAUUGCACUGUACUGCUGCCACACACAAAAAAAAAAAAUUGCAUAUCAUGUGAGUGAUGAUAAACCUGAUUCUGAUAUGGGUCUCUGAGAGUGGGAAGGGAGUAGGGAGAGGUGAAUUAUGUUUGGGAAAAGGGGAAGGGAGAGGGGAGGUAGCAGGAAGCACCAGAGAGACAUUCCAUAAGGAUCAAUAAACCAUUUGUUUGGAAUCAAAUGACCUUGCCUGGUGAAAAAAAUAUCUUAUGCUUUCCGGGCAUAUCUGUAAUAAUUUUAGCCGAUGUUUCAAUGACAAACUCUGCCAUCUUUAUCAGGGAUGAUGUUUAGGCAUGUCUAGUCCAGUGGUAUAAAUAGCCCUGUCGUCCAUCCCUCCUGAUUGGUUAGUCCACAAUCAAUCAGGUUUCCGCUGCCCCACCUUGUUUCAAUCGACUUCCAGUUGCUACUUAGAGUGAGAACUUCAUCUUUAUAAAAAUUCUUAUUCUCUAGUCUUAUUUCAAAAACUUCCUCCACCAGGCAGUCCCAAAAGCCAUUAGCACAGAAUUGAUGUUGCUACAGAACAGCCACAAGGUGAAGAAAAUCAACUGGGCCUUUUAAAGGGCCGAUGGAAAAACUAGGAAACCUGACAUUGAGGAGGAAUCCAUCGUUAUCGCCUGUCUUCCCUAUAUUUCCACGGAAGGAUCGCUAGGUUCCUGAAGAAAUACUGGACUAAUACCACCCACAGACCAAUGAGGAAGCCCAAAUGCGGGUCAGAGAUGACCUGGGAGUCAGGUUGGCUGGUGUUUUCAGGAUCCCCUGUGAAUGCGGAGCAGCGUGUAUUGGCACGACGGAAACCCACGUCAAGAAUCACAGGAGCUGUAUCUGUCUGGGUUACCCAGAGAAAUUGGCGGUAACAGAACAUUGCACUCGCAAUGGCCUUAGGAUUGACUUUGACGGUUGUCACUCCAAUGGCUUUUGGGACCGCUUGGUAAAGGAAGUCAUUGAAAUAAGACUAGGGAAUAAGAAAUUUAACAAAGACGAAGGGCUUGCUCUAAGUAAGAACUGGAUUGUAAACAAGGUGGAGCAGCAGGAACCUGAUUGGUUGAGGACUAUCCAAUCAGGAGGGAUGGACAACCCGAGUAUAUAUACCACUGGACUAGAUGUGCCUUGGCAUCAUCCCUGAUGAAGGUGGCAGAGUUUGUCAUUGAAACGUCGGUUAAAAUCGAUACCUGUACCCAGGUGGAAGUCCGAGAAGAGUUUAUCCAUUACCUUGACUGGUGACUCAGGGCUGGGCAGGUCUACUCCCAUGCCGCUGCCCCCCCCCCCCCGCCCCGGCACUCCCCGGUACUUCUCUACCCCACACCCCUCCCACAGCUCUCCGCUGUUGCCAUCGCCAACGUCCUUUGCUCCUGCCAGAUUUACAAACACACUCUCUGCUCCACAUUGACAAGUACAACACUGUGCAAAGGCUUUAGGCACCCUAACCAUUUAUACGUGCCUAAGACUUUUGCACAGUACUGUAGGCACACACAUAGAGAUAGAGAGACUGAGGUACAUACACGUGCAGACAGAGAGAGACAGAAAGAAAGAGAGAGAGGAAAAGCUCAUGCAGAUGAAUAGCUAGGAAGAUGAAGAAGGAAAGAGUGAGGCACUUGGAAACAGGUAGAAACCUAACACAGCAGGUAGAGGGAGCACGGCUGAAGACACAGAUUACUACAUUCAUACGAUCACAGCUUUUGCUCGGAUGAAGCCGUGUGUAUUGAAAGAGUAUUUUUAUUAUGUAGGGGUUCAAACCAUGGGUUUGAUGAGUGGGUGCUCCCAGCUUUGGUCUUCAUUCUGCACUAAUACAGGGAAGUAUCCAGUCUGGGCUGGCAGUGGUUUCGGGAGAUCAGGCAGGAAUUCCCUUGGGGUCUAACACAUAAUGCCAGCAGGUCCUGAACACCGUCAGUGGAGUCUAUGUACACCGGUGGCCUUACAGUAGGCGGCCUGCUGACAGUGACUGCACAGGCUCCUGGGUAUCUGGGUCAGGCAGCAGUGAGUGACCAUUACUGUUAACGCUUGCACCAGCGGGAAUAACUUGCUUUAAAAUGAGGCAACGAAAAGCAAACGUAAAAAGUAGGGGGCAAGGGUUGAGGGAGACCCGGCGGGAGGCGGCACUCUGUUCUCUUCUCGUUUAUACCGUUGUGUUCUUCUGCUCAGAUUCUGUACUUACAUCUUUCCAUUUAUCAACAGUUAGAUUAAAUUUUGAUGGAUUAUACCUCA